AUUUCUUCCUCCCCAGUCCUUCCCAAAAAAGAUGAAACUCCAUCUUAUUUCUCUACCGAAUCUGGUCUCCACGGCCGCAAUCCUCUCUUGCUUAGUACCUCUUGCCGUGCCGUUCACCGUGAUACCCUCCGACUCCGGCCUAGUCGACGGCCCGCAGAACGGGCUGAAGGAUGGGGCCCGGACCGACGCGCGGGAGCAAGAGGCCGUCUACGACAUCAUGCGUGCCACGGGGAACGAGUGGGCUGCGGACAUCGCCGACGUGUGCCGCGGCCGGUGGCACGGCAUAGAAUGCAUGCCCGACAAGGACGACGUGUACCACAUCGUCUCGCUCUCGUUCGGGGCGCUGUCGGAUGACACGGCGUUCCCGACCUGCGACCCGGCCCGGUCUUACGUCUCGCCGUCCGUGACCAAGCUCCCUCACAUCAGGACCUUGUUCUUUUACCGUUGCUUCAGCCAUAAUCCCCAGCCAAUCCCAGCAUUCCUGGGCCGACUUGGCUCCACAUUGCAAACUUUGGUGCUCCGAGAAAAUGGGCAUGUGGGUCCAAUUCCUAGCGAAAUUGGGAACUUAACCCGCCUGAGGGUCCUUGAUCUUCACAAGAACAACCUCAAUGGUUCGAUACCGGGUUCCUUGGGUCGGGUCACCGGUUUAAGGUCGCUUGACUUGAGCGGAAAUAGACUGACCGGGUUGAUACCGGGCUUCGGCUUCCCGUCCUUGAGUGUCCUGGAUCUGAACCAGAACCUCUUAACUGGUCCAAUCCCAUCAUCCCUAGGAACAUGGCCCUCACUGAUCAAAAUUGACCUCAGCCACAACCGUCUCACCGGUCCGAUCCCAGAGUCGAUUAACCAUCUCCGAGACCUCAUUUUGUUGGACUUGAGCUACAAUCGCCUUUCGGGUCCAUUCCCCGAGUCGUUCAAGGACAUGACUUCUCUCGAAGCGCUCAUACUGAAAGGAAACCCGACGGAAGCCGCAGCCAUACCAAACGACGCCUUCGAUGGUAUGAACGCUCUAACCAUUCUAGCACUGUCGAACAUGAACCUGCAUGGACCUAUCCCCGAAUCACUAGGCCGGCUGCCGAGCCUGCGCGUGCUCCACCUCGAUCGGAACCACCUGAAUGGCUCGAUACCGGAGAGCUUUCGGAAGUUGAGGAGCAUCGCGGAGUUGAGGCUGAACGACAACCAAUUGACGGGGCCAAUCCCACUGGGGAGAGAGACGGUCUGGAGGAUGAGGAGGAAACUGAGGCUCUACAAUAACUCAGGACUCUGCUACGAUGCGGGCGGUGGCUUUGAAGAUAGUUCGGAGUCUUUUUACGAUUCAGGCAUUGGCUUGUGCGAUGCCACAGCAAGAAGCGGGUCGGCAAGAACCGUGCGACAUACGUCCGAAGGAAACGACGGGGACGCGACAAGAGCAGUUCGGGCGUCAUCAUCUGUCGAAGCGCACCGUCGUUCUCUUCUGGUUUUGCCUCAGUUGUUGGUGACUUUGAUUGUACUUACUCCACUUCCGUCGUAGAUAGAGGAAUGUUUUGAGCCUGUAUAAUCCGCCGUCACACUAUUUUCAACCGUUUUAUGAAGAUGAAGACUGUUUGAGUGUUCCUUAAGCAGAAACAUCUACGAAUGAUGUAGUUUCCGAUUUUGAAUUUUGGUCUCCGAGAUGACAAUGAAAUCAUACGAGAUUUUUCUUU